AUGGCCUCUAUUAAAAGCACUAGGGGUAGGAAGAUAUACUGGAAGAAAGUGGUCCUGGAUGUUGGCUUGUUUCCAAAAGCAAGGGAUCUGGCCAUGGAUGAAUUCAGUGAGAUGGUGGUUGGGAUCCCACGUCGCUUGUUGCACGGGGCAACCUCACCGGAGAUAACCGCCCCAUGGUGGAUAAAGAAGACUGUCAUACGGACCAGAGAGAGAACUAAAACCGAAGAAAGGAUCUCUAUGAAGACAUGCUGUGGGGACGCGGAUUGGAAGUUGCAGCAAACGGGACAAGAGACAAAGUGCGCGUGGCCAGGAUCUUCCAAGCCAGUGAACAUGGAAUCCCCUGAGAACCUGAGGAGCUCUAAAUACGUAGACAAAGUUUCGUUUCUAGACUUGAAUAAUGGAAGAUCAGACCUAGACAACUGGAACUGGGUUUUUAAAACACUCCUGCCUGGGAUGCCCAACAUGACUGCACGGAGACAGCCAAAUGUCUCUCUUACGACUAAAGCCUCUGAAUUGAAACCUGGCAGCAAGGGUUCCUGGGGGUCUCAUCUGGUGCUGAAGAUGAUCGGCUCCUCCAGUCAAGGAGGAAGGAAUCCCCUCGACCCAGCACCCAGACAAACCUGUGUGAAGAGACAGAGCCCGAGAUCCAUCCUGUCCUCACACACAAUCAAGGUGUGUGCUGGAAACGGUGAGACUGAAUUUUCUAGACUUGCUCUGUUUGCUGAAAACCGAAAGAGGCCAGGAAAUUGCUUCAUGUACGUGAAGCUUUAUUGUAAGAAUGCACUGUAUAAGUGCCUGGAGUGAUGAUAUUGUGUGCUGCUGAUCAAAGAGGUGUCACAUGCCCUGGGACGCGGUGGCCAGAGAGGACACUCGGCGGCCGAAGGCUUUGGCUCGCCCACCUGAGAAGCUAAAGUUUGCCUGGAAGUUAUGCCUACAGAAGGAAGAGAAGUAAGAGCCUCUUAUGUAACCUGAAGAGUACGAAAGCUCCAAUGAUAAAAACCACUGCCCUGAACUUUUCCAAAGCACAAUAAAUCUCUGCCUACAAUGCUUCAGUCCUUGGCAAGGCUGGAACACAGAGCCAAGACACAAACCGCGAAGCAACAGCUCAGCCUCCCAGAGCGAGUGGGCUUUGUGCUAUUUCUGGCCAGAGCAGGUGUGGCCUCGGUGGGCUGUGGAGAACAAUAUCCCUCAGACAGCGCUGGUCUCCGGUGAUACAGGGUGCUGUGGGAACCCAGAGGGGCAGCAUGUUGUCCAGCCUGGGGGUGAAGGAGUGCUGCCUGGAGGAACGGAUGCAUGUGGAGCUGAGUCUUAAAGGUGGUGCAGAGGUUAUCCAG